CAUCACACGUCAGAGUCUGCAGUGAUGCAAGAGCUCAGCGGGCAUCCUGAAUCCACACUACUUGAACAGGCUCGUAGCGGUUUAGUUUAAAGGAGACCAGGAGGUGGAGGAGAAAGAAAUAAGCGCGGACCUUCACAGUCCUCUGAUCUACCCUUUGCCUGAAGAGAUUCAAAAGAUGGAGCGCACUGAGACGGUGUGCUGCUACUGCGGCGUAAGCUACCUCAUUUUCCACGAGUUUCACCAGCUCCGCACCCAGCUGGCUCAGUUAGAAGCUGAGCUCCAGGACCUGAGAGAGACUGCCCACAAAGAGAAGGCCCAGCGUGAAGCACUGGAGCUGGGCCGGUUGGAGUGGGAGAAGGCACUUCGGCUGGAGAUGCAGAGACAAGCAGAAGUCAGAGAGAGAAACACACGAGAAGAGCUAGAAGAGAGGAACCAAAAUGCAGUGAGAGCUCUGAGAGAUGAGUUUGAAGCAAAAUCUGAGAGUACAAGGAAAGAGGUGGAAGAGGAGUGUCGGAAAAUAUAUAAAGAAAAAGAGAGUCGCGUUAGAGGAAAGCUGGAGAGGAGGAGCGACGAGAGAGAGAAAGUUCUGCGUGACGCACUUCAAAAGGCCAAUAAAAAUUCAGACGAGCUGAGAAAAGAACUCCAACAGCUGGAAGAGAGACUGGCGAUAACAGCUGCCAAGAAAGAGGAGGCAGAGCAGAUAUUUGGGAAAGAGAAGCAACAAGUUGAAAUUCACAGAGGUGCUUGUGUGAGGCAGCAUCAGGCCCUGCGAGCUACUCUGUCUUUGCUCCGCUCCUCUGGCAGCGGGCUCACAGAUGUACGGGGUUUCCUCAGCCAACUGACAAGGGCCUGGCAGGCCUUCAGGUCUCAGAUAAUGCAGCACAACACACAGGUGUACUCAGCACUGAGUGAGGAGUUGAAGAAUUCCAGCGUGGCGCUUCAGAACAUGAGAGAAGAGAAAGAGUGCCUAAGUCAGCAGCUGAUGGAGCAGAAGAGACGGAGUGAGGAGCAGCUGUCCCAGCUAGAAGACUCUGAAAAGGAACACAGAGGAAAGCUUCUCAGGUUACAGGUGGAGCUGGAGGAGAAACAUGAGAGGUUGUUGUCAUGCCAACAGAGAUGUGAUGCCAUGCAGAAGCAGCUGUUGUCUCGCAGUCAGAGAGAGGAGCAGAUGAACUGGAAGUACUUUGCAGCUGCAGAGGAAGUGACACAACUAAGGAGAGCUCUGGAGAAUACAGAGCAGGAAACAAGAGAGCUGAAGAAAGAAAGGGAUGUUAUGCUAGAAUCUCAUGGCAGAGCCCUGAAUAUGAUGAAGGAAGACUUCACUCAGCAGCUGGCCACAAAGCUGACUGCUGCCCUAGAAGAGCAAAGAUCCCAGAGUUCAUUGCACCUGAGGGAGCAGAUGGAGAAGCUUCGCCGGGAGAUGGACCUAGAGCUGACAGUGGACAGGGAGAAGAGCCAGUUCAUGCUUCUACAGUGUCAGCAAGACAGGUCCCAGCUUCAGCAGAAGUUGGAGAAGAGUGAAAUGAAACUGCGGGAACUGCAAGAGGUACUGCAGCAAGAGUGGAGGAGCAGGGAGGACAAGAGGAGAACCCAAUGUGAGGAGAGGAGGAGAAAAGAGGAGGAGAUACACCGACAGGCGAUGGCGAAUCUGGUCCAGGCUAAAGCAGCGAUAAAGCUGAUGACUGAGAAGAAUGCUGAACUACAAGAAGAGGUAACGUUACUCGAGGAUACAGUAAGGCGGGAGUGUCAGGAGAGGGAAGAGCUAACUGCUGCGCUGUCUCAGGCUCGCCAGGAGAUUUUCAGGCUGCGAUCCCAGGCAUCUCAUCAGGACACCUUAAAGCUUUCACUUCCAGACCACUUGGAGAGACACACAUCCACAGGGAACAAAAAUGUACACGAACACGGUCAAGCCCGGGCACCGCUCACUCGCUCUUUGGCCUCCCCAAGCAGACUCCGGUCUUUGCCCGCCUGCACAGACAAAGGCAGAGGCCAGGGCACGGAUGGAGAAGAACCUGGAGGGGGAAAUUUGGAGUCCUGGAGCAGUGGGAGAGUGCUAGGUGGAGAAAAACAGAAAGAGGUGACACUGCCCAAACUGAAAACAAGCUGCACAGUGAGUGAAGUCAAACGUAAGGUCAAUUUAGUGAUGGGGAGGAAGGAGACGCUCUGAAAAGCAAGCCAAACAGGCCUGUAUGUGUGUCAAACAGUUACUGAACAAAGCAGAUAUCAAUAGUAGUUUAAUUAUGUUUUUACAUUAAUUUUAAUAGCAUCUUAUUGUUCUUUUAAACUAAUUAUCUAACUGCCUACUUUAAAAGUUGCACACACACACACACUCAGAUAAGGCACUGCGCCUGAGUCCUUGUUUGCACACUAGUAAACUCUCAGUACACACACUCAGCAACAGAUAUGCACUUGUUUUCUCACAACCUGACUCACGCAGACUCACUGGCACGCACAGGAUUUCACAAACAACGCACACUCAAACACACACACACACAGCUUUAAGGAGCAUGACAGCAUGUCCCUUGCCACCCGUGGACACAAACAAAAGGCAGGCAAACACAAAAGAAACUGUAUGGUAAGCAUCCCCAGACACACAAACACACACACACACACACACCAAUACACACGCACACAACAACAAUUACCCAGCCUUCUCCCCUGAGGCUUUGUGUGUUAUUGACAUCAUUCACUCUGUGGAAGGUCUUUCCAUCCCUUCCUCCUCCUCUCUUUUCCUCUUCCCCUACAUUUGGGAUAAAUUGGCAUGAUGGGAGAGAUGUGUGAAGUGUGUGUGUGUGUGUGUGUGUGUGCGUGUGUGUGUCUGUGUGUUUGUGGCAUGGAACUAAUUUCCCUGCUUACUGGCACACAUGCACACAAGCCUUCGCUCACCCCGUGUCCCUCUUUCCAAUCCAUCUGCGAGACAAUGCACACGUGCACUUCAUUCACUUAAAAAAGGUGGGGGGGAAAAAUUAUUAUAUCCUGCCAACAUUUCCUGUUUGCCAGAACACACACAUAUGGUUUAUCUGCUAAAAACCUUUGUCGGCGUGGAGAGGAUGUUCUCAAAUGCAGCACAAACAAAGACUAUGUGCCAGUAAAACCUGCACAUAUGUUCUUCAAAGGGUUAAUAAGACAUUUACCACAACACGUAACCGGGGAAAGUUUACCUCAAGUUGACUGUCAUCAUUGUAGUAAUAAAUUUGCUACUGGUUAAUUGCAUUUUUCAAUUAGGUUGUCACUUACUUCAGAGGCUUCCACUUGCUGUAAGCUUUGGUGAUUCUAUUGACUUCCUUCUA